AUGGUGGACGGCAGCAGCAGCAGCAGCAGCAAUGACGCUGCGGCCGACAAGUGCCCCGUCGACCACAAGUCCCGCGAGGUCUGGCUGCAGCAGGCCCGCGCCGCCCAGGAAGCCGGCGCGCCGCCGCCACCGAUGCCACCACACCCGAUUCCGGCCUCGGCCUCAUCAUUACCACCACCGCCGACCUCGAGCUCGCCAGGUUCAUCGUCGUCAUGGAACCCACUAAGCUGGCGCGUUCCAUUCUGGCACAGCACCACCGCAUCACAAACAACCCUCGAAUCGCAGGCACCGCGACCUGCGGCCCGGCCCCAACUCGACGAGCACCGCGUCGUAUCCUCCAUCCCGCGGUCGUCGGCCUCGCCCGGCCAACCGACCGGCUCGGCGCCGCCGCCGCCAUCCCGCCCCGUCAACCACGAGAUCGAAACCGGCGCGGACCCGCACACGGGGAACUGGAUCUACCCGUCGGAGAAGAUGUUCUUCGAGGCGCUGAAGCGCAAGGGCACGGCGGGCGACACGCGGCCCGUCGACAUGCGGACCGUCGUGCCCAUCCACAACGCCGUCAACGAGCGCGCCUGGAAGGAGAUCAAGGAGUGGGAGGCGCCGUACCUGGACGGCGCGGGCGGCGGUGGGAACAAAUGCGGCGGGCCCAAGCUCGAGAGCUUCUCGGGCCUCGCCGCCAAGAUGACCCCGCGGGCGAGAAUCAAUACCCUGCUGGGUUACACGGCGCCCUUUGAUCGGCACGACUGGGUCGUCGACCGCUGCGGGAAGAAGAUCGAGUAUGUCAUCGACUUUUAUGCGGGGAGGCCCGGGGCCGCGCAGCAACAGCAGCAGGGCCCGCAGAUAAAUUUCUAUUUGGACGUAAGGCCCAAGCUGAACAGUUGGGAGGGGGUCAAGAUGAGGGCGUUGCGGUUCGUUGGUGCUACAUAG